AUGGCGCGCAAGGCCGCGGCUUUACUCACGCUGCUGCUGUCAGCGGCAGCGGUGGCGGCCGCCGUCGCCGACCAGGAGAGCGACCGGAUCCGGCAGCUGCCCGGGCAGCCGCCCAAUGUGGCCUUCUCGCAGUACUCCGGCUACGUCACGGUCAACCAGGCCCGCGGCCGCGCGCUCUUCUACUGGCUCGUCGAGGCGGAGCCGGCGGCCGGGCCCAUCGCGCCGCUCGUCCUCUGGCUCAACGGCGGGCCAGGCUGUUCCUCCGUCGGCUACGGGGCGUCCGAGGAGGUCGGCCCGUUCCGCAUCAGGCCGGACGGGAAGACGCUCUACCUCAACCCCAAUUCCUGGAACAAAGCGGCCAAUUUGCUCUUCCUGGAAUCGCCGGCCGGCGUGGGCUUCUCCUACUCCAACACGUCGGUGGAUCUGUACACCGCGGGGGAUGCCAAGACUGCACUGGAUUCCUACGCUUUUCUGGUGAAUUGGUUGGAGAGAUUCCCACAGUACAAGUACAGGGAGUUCUACAUUGCUGGAGAGAGCUAUGCAGGUCAUUAUGUUCCGCAACUAGCGAAGAUCAUAUACGAAAAGAACAAGGGCAUUCAGAACCCAAUACUUAACCUCAAAGGAUUCGUGGUGGGGAAUGCGGUUACGGACGACUACCACGACUAUCUUGGCACAUUUGAGUACUGGUGGAGCCAUGGUCUGAUCUCUGAUAGCACUUACCACAACUUGAAGGCGACGUGCAUUUUUGAUUCCGCAACGCACCCUUCUCCUGAAUGUGCCAAGAACCUGAAUCUGGCUAGUGCCGAAGAAGGCAAUAUUGAUCCUUACAGUCUCUAUACAAAGCCCUGCAAUAACACAGCCUCUCUGAAACUUGGCCUCGGAGGACGCUAUCCUUGGUUGUCUAGAGCUUAUGAUCCUUGCACGGAAAGAUAUUCAAAUAUCUACUACAAUCUACCAGAAGUGCAGAUGGCGUUACACGCUAACACUACUGGAAUUCAAUACCCUUGGCAAACUUGCAGUGAUAUUGUCGGCCCGUACUGGGCGGAUUCCCCCAAAUCUAUGCUUCCUAUUUACCAUGAGUUAAUUGCAGCUGGUAUGAAGAUAUGGGUUUUCAGUGGGGAUACUGAUGCAGUAGUUCCUGUAACUGCAACAAGAUACUCGAUAAGUGCUCUGAAGCUACCAACGCUGAUGAAUUGGUACCCUUGGUAUGACCACGGAAAGGUUGGGGGUUGGAGUCAGGUUUACAAAGGACUAACCCUCGUCACCGUAGCAGGUGCAGGGCAUGAGGUGCCUCUGCACCGGCCUCGACAAGCGUUAAUAAUAUUCAGACAUUUCCUGAAGGACACACCAUUGCCAGCUCAAUAGCCACUUGAAGCGAAGUGAUAGCGUAAAACGACGAAAGUAAUAUUAGAUGUUUUUUUUUACAACAUUCUUUUUUUCCGUUUGAUUUGAUAAUCACACCAUGGUAUUCAGUUAUCCCUAUUGAACUGUAUGUAUGUUUCAUAGAAAAUAGGGAAACCUGACAUUUGUAUUGUUGCAACUAUAGAGCUCCUUGUAUAUGAUAACGAUAGAGAUUGUUUGAGCA